AUACUUUACAAGUGCCACUCAGCAGUCGCUCUCUUAAACCCUAGCCGUUUCCUUCGUUUCACUCUCUACCAAGCCGAAACCCACCCUUCCCGUCAUUUUUCUUCAAAGUCCAUAGUUGAAAUGGCUUUCUUUAACAAGUUUGGGAGCCUAGUUAGGCAGUCAGUUUCCCAGAAUGGGCAAGUUCCAACGGCAUCUAUGCUGAACUCUAUUCGCUGCAUGUCUUCAUCAAAGCUUUUCGUUGGAGGGCUUGCAUGGUCAACUGAUGAUCAAUCCCUUAAGGAUGCAUUUUCUGGCUUUGGGGAAGUGACUGAUGCUAGAGUUAUCACUGAUAGAGACACUGGGAGGUCUCGUGGAUUCGGGUUUGUUAGUUACGAAAGCACUGAAUCUGCCAGUGAAGCAUUGUCAGCGAUGGAUGGCCAGGAAUUGGGAGGAAGAAACAUUCGUGUGAGUUAUGCCACCGACAAGAGACAACCACAACCUUACAAUAGCAAUUACGGUGGGAAUCCAGAUUAUUGAAGAGGUUGAGUUUCAGCUUUGCGGGCUGUUGAAAUGGCUUUGCUUCUUUAGCUAGUUGUUACUAGUAAGAAUUGAGAUUGCUUUUUUAUUUUCCUUGAAUGAGUUUUCUAUAACUUGCGAUGUUAUCUUGUUAUUUUGACACUACCAUGUGCUGGUUAUUAAUUAGUCCGACUGGGUAAGUUCUACGGUGGAGCUCCAUCUGUU